AUGAGCGCGCGCCUGCCGCUCGUCCUGCGCCAGCUCGGCCGCCUGCAGCCCCCCGGGCCGCCGCGCCGCCUCCGAGAGCUUUGUCUCGCCAGCAGCGGCGGGGGCGGCGGAUGUGGCGGCGGGGAGGGCCUGCUCGGGCAGCGGUGGCUGCGGGACACGCAGGCCGGGAGCAGCCGGGGCCCGGGCAGCCGGGCGGCCCCAGCGCGGGACUCGAUCGUCCGAGAAGUCAUUCAGAAUUCGAAAGAAGUUCUGAGUUUAUUGCAAGGAAAGAACCCUGCCUUUAAGCCGGUUCUUGCUAUUAUUCAGGCAGGUGAUGAUAACUUGAUGCAGGAAGUAAACCAGAAUUUGGCUGAGGAGGCUGGUCUGAACAUCACUCACAUCUGUCUUCCUGCAGAUAGCAGUGAAGAUGAGAUUAUAGAUGAGAUCCUGAAGAUUAAUGAAGACACCAGAAUACAUGGCCUUGCCCUUCAGAUCUCCGAGACCUCAUUUAGCAACAAAAUCCUCAAUGCCUUGAAACCAGAAAAAGAUGUGGAUGGAGUAACGGAUGUAAACCUGGGGAAGUUGGUACGUGGGGACGCCCAUGACUGUUUUGUUUCACCUGUGGCCAGAGCUGUAAUUGAACUUCUUGAAAAGUCAGGUGUCAACUUAGAUGGAAAGAAGAUCUUGGUAAUAGGAGCCCAUGGGUCUUUGGAAGCCACCCUGCAAUGCCUGUUCCAGAGAAAAGGGUCCAUGACAAUGAGCUCCCAGUGGAAAACACCUCAGCUUCAGAGCAAGCUUCAUGAGGCUGACAUUGUGAUCCUGGGCUCACCCAAGCCGGAAGAGAUUCCCCUUUCUUGGAUUCAACCAGGAACUACUGUUCUCAACUGUUCCCAUGACUUUCUAUCAGGGAAGCUUGGAUGCAGUUCGCCCGGUGUCCAUGGUACUGGUCCCAUCGCAGAAGACGUGAGCCUCCUUGCUGCCGCUCUGCGGAUUCAGAACAUGGUUAGUAGCAGAAGGAGAUGGUUCCGUGAGCAGCAGUACAGGAGGUGGAGACUUCACUGCUUGAAACUUCAGCCUCUGUCCCCCGUACCAAGUGAUAUCGAGAUUUCAAGAGCACAGACUCCAAAAGCUGUGGAUAUCCUUGCCAAGGAGAUAGGGUUGCUUGCAGAUGAAAUUGAAAUCUAUGGCAAAAGCAAAGCCAAAGUACGUUUGUCCCCGCUAGAAAGGUUAAAGGAUCAAGCAGAUGGAAAAUACGUCUUAGUUGCUGGGAUCACACCCACCCCUCUUGGAGAAGGGAAAAGUACAGUUACAAUUGGGCUCGUGCAGGCAUUGACUGCGCACCUGAACAUCAACUCCUUUGCCUGUCUGAGGCAGCCUUCUCAAGGACCGACUUUUGGAGUGAAAGGAGGAGCUGCAGGUGGCGGAUACGCCCAGGUCAUCCCUAUGGAAGAGUUCAACCUUCACCUGACUGGGGACAUCCAUGCCAUCACCGCUGCUAAUAACUUGUUGGCCGCUGCUAUCGACACAAGGAUUUUGCAUGAAAAUACUCAAACAGAUAAGGCUCUGUAUAAUCGACUGGUUGCUUCAGUGAAUGGUGUUAGAGAAUUUUCAAAAAUUCAACUUGCUCGGCUGAAAAAACUGGGAAUAAAUAAGACUGAUCCGAGCGCUCUGACAGAACAGGAAAUGAGGAAGUUUGCCCGUCUUGACAUUGACCCCACCACCAUCACGUGGCAGAGAGUCAUGGAUACAAAUGACCGAUUUCUACGAAAAAUAACCAUCGGGCAGGGAAACACAGAGAAGGGCUAUUCUCGGCAGGCGCAGUUUGACAUCGCCGUGGCCAGUGAGGUCAUGGCAGUGCUGGCUCUGACUGACAGCCUCACGGACAUGAAGGAGCGGCUGGGCAGAAUGGUGGUGGCCAGUGACAGAAACGGGCAGCCCGUGACGACAGGUGAUUUGGGGGUGACAGGUGCUUUGACUGUUCUGAUGAAAGACGCGAUAAAACCGAAUCUGAUGCAGACCCUAGAAGGGACGCCCGUAUUUGUGCAUGCUGGCCCCUUUGCCAACAUUGCCCACGGCAACUCUUCAGUGUUGGCUGAUAAAAUUGCCCUGAAACUGGUUGGCAAAGAAGGAUAUGUAGUGACUGAAGCUGGCUUUGGUGCUGAUAUUGGCAUGGAGAAAUUCUUCAACAUCAAGUGCAGAGCUUCUGGCUUGGUGCCCAGUGUUGUGGUGCUGGUGGCGACAGUGCGGGCUCUGAAGAUGCACGGAGGUGGACCAAGUGUAACUGCUGGGGUCCCUCUUAAAAAAGAAUAUACAGAAGAGAACCUCCAGCUGGUGGCAGCUGGCUGCUGUAACCUAGAGAAGCAAAUUCAGAUUGCUCAGCUCUUCGGGGUCCCUGUUGUCGUGGCUCUGAAUGUCUUCAGGACCGACACCCGAGCGGAGAUUGACUUGGUGUGUGAGCUUGCAAAGCGAGCUGGUGCCUUUAAUGCAGUGCCCUGCUAUCACUGGUCGAUUGGUGGGAAAGGGUCGGUGGACCUGGCUCAGGCUGUGAGAGAAGCUGCAAGUAAAAAGAGUCGUUUCCAAUUCCUGUAUGAUGUGCAGGAGAGCGAGAUUCUUCUGGGAUUCUUCUGGGUUGACCUGUUGCUCGGGGACCAACAAGCCAGUGGGACGAGCCGCUCAGGGAGCUGCCUCAUGGCAGUCAGCACGUACACCUUGGGUAGCUCAGAUGUGCUGGUUUCCAGCCAGCGACAUGCUUUGUGUCAAAGACACAAGGGUCAGAGCAUUACAGGGCUAUCGGAUGGCAAAGAAGAGAACGCCCACGUGUGCUUGAGGACGGGUUUUGGAAAUUUGCCCAUCUGCAUGGCUAAGACCCACCUUUCCCUGUCUCACCAACCUGACAAGAAAGGCGUACCCAAGGAUUUCAUUCUACCCGUUAGUGACGUACGGGCCAGCAUAGGCGCUGGGUUCAUUUACCCAUUGGUUGGAACGAUGAGCACCAUGCCAGGACUGCCGACUCGGCCCUGCUUCUAUGACAUAGAUCUUGAUACGGAAACAGAGCAAGUUAAAGGCUUGUUCUAA